GUGGGCUUGCGACGCACACAGUCCACAUUGCAUACAUCACAUCACAUUAUUGAUGGGUCAUGGCAGCAUGACGAGGGUGCUCGCUCUGGCCGCUGCCAUGCUGGCGGCGACCGGCAUCGGCAUGGCCAGCGGGCAGCAGGCCGGCGUGCCGUCGAUCAUCUCACGGGACACGUUCGAUUACAUGCUGGGCAACCGCAGCCAGAGCGGCUGCGAGGGCGGCGCCUUCUACACAUACGACGCGUUCGUGCAGGCCGCGAACGCGAGCAAGCUCCGCGGCUUCGGCACCAUCGGCGACGAGGAUACACGCAGGCGCGAGCUCGCCGCCUUCUUCGGGCAGACCUCCCACGAGACUGCCGGUUACUGCUGGGUGAAAGAGCAAAAGCCCACGAUUGCGCGCUACUACGGACGAGGCCCCAUACAGCUGACUCACGACUACAACUACCGGCAAGCUGGGGACGCGCUGGGGCUGGACCUGCUGGGUAACCCGGACCUGGUGUCCACCGACCCUGUCGUCGCGUUUAAGACGGCUAUCUGGUGGUGGAUGACACCGCAAGCGCCCAAGCCGUCGUGCCACGCCGUGAUGACCGACGGCUGGACGCCGUCCACCCAGGAGCGCGACGCAGGCAUGCUCCCCGGAUAUGGUAUGACCACUUACAUCAUUAACGGCACCCUUGAGUGCGGCAAGGGCUACGGGACUGCCCCAGCCAAGGAUCGUGUCCGCUACUACAAGAUGUACUGUGGCAUUCUCCAAGUCGGGUACGGGGACAACAUGGUCUGCAAGAACAUGAAGUUGGCACAGCCACCCUUGUCUCCGCCGCCUCUCGGAGGCAUGAACCAAAUGCAAAGACGGCCAGCACAGCCACCGUUGCCUGCGCAAACUCUGGAAGAAUCUCCGCCUCCUCCAAAAACUGGGCUUCUCAUCGGCAUUUCUGUCGGUUCUGUGUUGUUCUUGAUCAUUCUCAUCGCCUCGAUUUGGUUCCUUCUACGGCAGCACCAGCGAGAGCAGGAGAAAAUCCGUCAGCAAACAACAGAGCAAGAGCUGGAAGAGAACAACUUCCUCGAAGAUGAUCAGGCCAUGGAAGACGACUUCGAGAAGGGGACUGGUCCCAAGCGAUUCCACUAUAAAGAUUUGGCCGUCGCCACCGACAACUUCUCCAACGACAAGAAGCUCGGACAAGGUGGCUUUGGAUCGGUGUACAGAGGUUUUCUGAGUGAAUUGAACCUUCAUGUGGCCAUCAAGAGAGUUUCCAAAGGCUCCAGGCAGGGGAGGAAGGAGUACGCAUCUGAGGUGAGGGUCAUAAGCAGGCUUCGGCAUAAGAACCUCGUGCAGCUCAUCGGCUGGUGCCACGGAGGCAGUGAUCUGCUCCUCGUCUAUGAGCUCAUGCCCAAUGGCAGCCUCGAUAGGCAUCUCUACGGUGCCAAUAACGUUUUGCUUCCAUGGUCUGUUAGGCAUGAGAUUGUGCUGGGAUUGGGCUCGGCGCUUCUCUACCUACACCAGGACUGGGAGCAGUGCGUCCUGCAUAGGGACAUCAAGCCAAGCAAUGUCAUGCUGGACGCGUUGUUCAACGCCAAGCUCGGCGACUUCGGGCUUGCCAAGCUCGUUGAGCACGGCCGAGGAUCGCUGACGACAGCUCCCGCCGGCACAAUGGGAUACAUGGACCCAGAAUGCAUGACCACCGGCAGGACCAACACCGAGUCGGAUGUCUACAGCUUCGGCGUCGUCCUCCUUGAGAUUGCAUGCGGUAGGGGGCCUGUAGUGGUAGCUCAGGAGGAGGAGGACGCGAUGCACUUGGCUCAGUGGGUGUGGAAUUGGUAUGGCAGGGGGAGGAUUCUAGGCGCCGCUGAUACGCGAUUGGGAGGAGAAUUCAAUGCCAGAGAGAUGGAGUGCGUGAUGCUGGUUGGGCUUUGGUGUGCUCAACUUGAUUGCAACCUGAGGCCGUCGGUUAGACAGGCUGUCAACGUGCUGCGUGCUGAGGCGCCGAUGCCGGUCCUCCCUGCAAGGAUGCCGGUGGCAGCUUACAUGCCGCCGUCGGUUGACAUACAUAGUUGUACUACUUCUUCGUUUGUAACCGUCGGCACUGGUGGUAGUGUGGUGGACACAACUCGUCAAGCUGGACCGGAGCAUCUUCUUUGCUAAAAUAAUACGACAAAUCUUCAAAUUCACAAGAAAAAAUGUCUCGUUUCACAGGAACAUUCAACCAUUCAGAGUGUCAUUUAUUCCCCGUCGACGACGAGACGGCUACAGUGACUUCGUAAAUCUUAAGAUGAUAUGCCAGCUCAGUUUGUUGAAGAUGCUCAUAGAGAUAAGGUGUGCUUGUGUGUGUUCAUAGGGGUGAUUGUAUGCGUGUAUGUAUGAACCCUUGCGUCUGUACUGUGUUAAGAAAAAACAUUCACAGUGUCAUUCAUUUCCCCCAAGAUGAGCCCUUUUUGUUUUUUCUCAUUUG